AUGAGUUGUGGGGCGCCGCCCAGCGCCUGCAUGGCGGGCAUGGGGUACAAGGUGGAGGGCAUGGAGCUGCGCUACGGGAUGGAGGCGGCGCUCACCUCGCUGGUGGUGCCCUGCGCUAGCUGCGUUCACGUGGCCAUCCCGGAGGUUCGCUUGGAGCAGGAGACUGAGGCCAUCCCCGAAGAGGGCGGCGAGGUGAGUGUGGAGGUGUCGGAUCUCGAGACCGCGAAUGUGGACGUGGUGUGCCGCUUCCGGCAUGCGGCUUCGAAGCUGGGGCCCAUGUUCACCAAGCCUGCGCUGGUGCCGGCGCGCCUGGAGGACUCCCACAUCACCUGCAAGGCUCCGGACUGGAACACGUCCCUGGAGGGCGGCUUCGGCGGCGACCUCACCUACCGCAGGGACGAGGCCUGGUGGUGGCUGCUCGACUUGGCCCUGGACGGCGGCAACCAGUGGCGGCCAAAGGAGCCUCUCAAGGUGAACGUCACCCGGGUCUUUGUCACAAACCUGGCACCCAGCGAGCUUAUCGUCUUGCCCCCGUCCAGGAACUGGAGCGUGGAGGAGCCGGUCAACUCCACGUGCCUGGAGCCCCAUCACUGGGCGAGACGGCGCGGCAAGGAUCUCUUUGGUCGACUUCUGGCUGUCAACACCGGGGCGGUGAGCGUGGCCACGGGGCCGCUGGAGACCGCCGUGGAGCACUUCGCGCCGGCCAUGCCGGGGGUCCGGGGCCCCGCUCCGCUGAUUCAGUAUUCUGCCGGCUUUGCAGUGGAGCUAAAGCCUGGGCUCGGGGAGAUGAGGGAUGUGACCGGAUGA